GCAGACAAGAGCGAGGACUUUCUGGCACAGGAGCAGCGCUAUGGCUCCCAAAUUUGACCCCUCCCAGCUUGUCGAGGUCUACGUGAGGGCCACAGGCGGUGAAGUGGGCGCAGCCUCAUCUCUGGCACCUAAGAUCGGUCCUCUGGGUCUCUCCCCAAAGAAGAUCGGUGAGGACAUCGCAAAGGAGACAGCAAAGGAAUGGAAGGGACUCAGAGUAACGGUGAAGCUCAGCGUGCAGAACAGGAUAGCCAAGGUGUCUGUCAUCCCCUCAGCAGGAGCCUUGGUCAUCAAGGCCCUUAAGGAGCCUAUCAGGGAUCGCAAGAAGGAGAAAAACAUCAAGCACAGCGGCAACCUGGAGCUGGACGAGGUGAUCGAGAUCGCGCGCGUCAUGCGCGACCGCAGCUGCGCGCGCAAGCUGGCCGGCACAGUCAAGGAAAUCCUGGGCACCUGCGUCAGCGUCGGCUGCACCGUUGACCACGAGGACCCCAGGGAAAUCCAGAGCAAGAUUGAUGAGGGCGAGGUGGACAUUCCUGAGGAGUGAUGCCGCUCUCGGGGGAAGCAGAUAGUGUGUCAGUGUGUCGUGCUCCUGUUUUCAGCCUUCCUGUCGAGACUCACAUAGCCAAUCUCACAGCAUGCCUGGUGACGUGUGCCCAGUCUCUAUCAUAGAUGCCAUGAUGGGCGACUACGCAAGACGGGCAGGCAUGUAAGCACUGAUUGAUCUU